AUGUCGAACUUCCGGGACCGGAACUGGGAGAAGCACGAGAUGCGGGGCCACCAGUGGGGCGACGCCGUGCCCCCGGAGAAGUCGGCCUACCCGGCCUACCAGCACCCGCCGAGCGAGAAGCCGCGGCGGCGGCUCGUGCGGCGCGCGCGGCCCAUGAAGAAGAAGGGCGAGGAGAAGAUGACGCCCGACGACGCCUUCAAGCAGUGCAUGGAGGCCUGCCGGGACGAGCAGACCUUCAUCGCCACCGUGAGCAAGUGGCUCGACGAGCCGCGCUUCGACGACAAGGAGGUCGAGAACAAGUCGAUGAUGGUCGACAAGACGGACUGGCACGGCUCGUCGCUGCUCCACUUCGCCGUCUUCCACGACGACGUCGACCUCGUGAAGAAGUACGAGUGCGAGGCGAUCCUCGAGGUCCUCGAGGCCGAGGUGAAGCGGCGCGCGCCGCCCGAGCCCGAGCCGGAGCCUAUGGAGUCGUCGCUUCUCCAACAAACGCACUUGGCGCUGCGCGGCGACCCGCACGUCCUCGAACGGAUCGGCGCGCUGCCCGUCGCACAACUCCUCCAACUCUUCGGCGACGCCGUCCACAACAACUUCGGCGACGUCCAGCUCUUCGUCGCCUCCGUGCUGCUGCGCGCGGGCCAGCGCGGCGCCCUGCCGGACGCCGCGUGGCCGCCCUUGCUCGCGCUCGCGCCGCGCGCCGCGCCCGGCGCGGCGGCGCAACUCGCGCGCGCCGUCGCCGCGGCCGCGCACGGGUCGGGCAAAGCCGCGGAUCUCGCCGCGGCCGCGGGCGCGGACCUCGCGCUCUGGCGGGCGCUGGCCACGGAGUGCCCGCGACACGAGCCGCCGGACGCGGCGACCGUCGCCCUCGCGGCGCGGGCCCUCGACGCCUGCGCGUCGCGCGCGGAACGGGAGCCGGGCGCCGCGCUCGCCGCGGCCGCGCGCUGGCUCGAGACGGGCGCGUGCCUCCGGAGCGGCGCGGGCGCCGGCGCCGGCGCCUGCCCCGUGGCGCGGCUCCGAUGCGCGCUGCCGCGCUGCUGCGCCGACGCGCUCGCGAGGGGCGACGCGGACGCGGCCGCGGAGUUCGCGGAGGCGUGCGCGAACCACGGCGGCGCGAAACCGGGCGACGCGGAGGCCCUCGACGUCCUCGCCGCCGCCGGCUGCGUCGCGACCGCGGAUGAUGUGCCCCGUCGCCGCGCCGUGGCGCGCGUCGCCGCGGCCGUCGCGCGGACCGCCGCGGUGGACUGCGGCCGCGCGGACCGGCCGCCGUUCGACGGAUUGCUGGACGCCGUCGCGCGGUCCUGCGCGUCCCGCGACGCGGCCGUCGCCGAGGCGGCUCUCGGCGCCUGGGUCGUGCUGCUGACCUGCGGCGGCGGCGCGAAGCGCGUCGCGGAGCGGCGGCCGCGGCUCCACGCGGCCGCGGCGGCGCUCGCGUCGGCGCUCGUCGCGCGCUGCGCGUGGCCCCGCGGCGGCUGCGCGGAUGUCGCGGAAGGCGCCGACGGCGACGACUUCGACGCGGCGCCGGAGCUCCACGGCGACGAUUUGGCGCCGCUGCCCGGCGGCGCGGGCGCGUGGGACGAGCCGCCGGACUUCGGCGCGUUCCGCCGGCUCCGCGACGCGUUUUUAGGCGACGCGCUCCGCGCGUCCGCGGACGCGCUCGGCGCGCCGGCCUACGUCGCCGCCGUCGCCGCCGCGGCGGCGGCCCUGGGCCCGGCGGAGCCCGACGUGCUCGAGGCCUGCGCGCGCGCGGCGGCCUUCGCGGGCCCCGCGGUCGCUCCGGCCGCCAAGGACGACGCCGCCACCGCCGGCGCGCUCCGGUCGCUCCUGGCGGCCUGCGCCGCGGCGCUCGCGGCCCACGCGGGGCCCAGAGCGUGGCGCGUCGCCGCGGCGGCGGCGACGCUCGCCGGCGCGGUCGCGCGCUGGCUCUGCGGCGACCCGGACGCGCUCGACGGCGCGCUCCGGUGCCUCGCGCUAUCGCUGCGCCGCGGCUACGCGCCGGGCCACGCCUGCCGCGCGGCGCGGACCCUGCUCUGCCGCGCCAGCGCGCCCGCGGCGCUCCGGGGGCCCCGGGGCGCCGAAAUAUCCGCGGUCGUCGACGCGCGCGCCGCCGAGCUCGCGGGUAGCCCGACGCGGCGCCUCGCCGCGGCCGCCGUCGACGCCCUCUUCCGGGGUUUAGGCGCCGCGGCCCUGGCGAAGCGCGACGGCGUCGACGACGCGGGCCGCGCCGCGCGCGCGGCCGCGCUCGCCGCGGGGCCCGCCGUCGACUGGCGCGCGCCGGCGGACGCCGCGCGCGUCGCCGCGGUCGCGCGCGAGGCCGCGCGCCACUGCGCGCGGCCCGCCGAGGCCGCCGUCGCCGCGGCCGCGCUCGACCGGGGCCUCGCGGCGGCCUGGCGCGCGCGCGCGCCCGGCGACGACGCCGCGCCGCUCGAGGCCGUCGUCGCGGCGCUCGCGGCCGCGUCGAGCCCGUCCGUCGUCGCCGCGGCCCUGGACCUCGUCGCGGCGUCGCCGCGCUGCGACGCGCCGGCCCUGCGCCUCGUCGCCGACGUCGUCGAGCGCUGGGGCGCGCGCGCGGAGCGGUCGCGGCUGCCCGAGCCGCCGCGGGAGCCGGACGCGGCGCCGCUCUUCGACCGCGUCGCCGGCGCGCUGCCCGCCGUCGUCGCCGCGGCCCUCGCCGCGCCCGACGCCGACGACGAGGCCGCCGAGGCGCUCCUCGUCUUGGGCGCCCGGGCCGUCGCCGCGUGCCCCCUCUGCCUCGAGCCCGCGCUCGUCGCGCUCGCGGGCGCCGCCGCGGCGGGGCUCGGCGCGCACCGCGAGGCGCUCCGCGUCGCCGUCGCCGCCUGCGACUUCGUCGCGGGCCUCGGCGCCCUCGCGGAGCGCGGGGCGGAGACGAUGGCGCCCGAGGACGCGUGGCGCGACCCGGACGAGCCCGGCGACGACUUCGCCGCGGCGCGGCGCGCGCGCCUGCGGCCCGCGCUCGCCGCGGCCUUCGCGGCCCACGGCCCGCGCCUCGUCGAGCGCGCGCUCGCGCCCGCGCUCGCGGGGGAGCCGCCGCUCCUCGGCCGGGACCGCGCGGCCGCGGUCCUCGCGCUCCACGCGCUCGCGCCCGGCGACGUCGCGGCGGCGGCGCGGGCCGUCUGCGCGGCGACGCGGCCGGACCUCGCCGACGCCGUCGCCGCCGCGCUCGACGAGGCCGGACGCGAGGGCCGCGGCGCCACGCGGGCCCUCGUGGCCGUCUUUGCGAAGGCGGCGGCAUCUUCUUAA